GGUUUACAACCGCCACUAUAGAACUUCUCUGUACUAGUGGUAUUUAUAACAGUCCUAACAUUUCUUCCUGAGGGCUACUUUAAAAACUAAUUAAAUUCUCUUCAAGAUUAGAAGGCAUUGAUCUUAAUCCGCUUUAAUUCUGAAGGGGAUUUAAUAGCCAUGAAAGUUGUUAAUGAAAAUGAUCUAAAGCUUCUUUCCCGGGCACGUCGAAUAUAUGCUCCCAGCGUUUGUUCCACUUCCGCGUCCACGCACACGUCCACGCACGUCGCUUCCUCCUUCCGCCUCGCUUUGUUCAUCCGCUUCCUUACCCAGGCUGCCCCAUGGCCCACCCUUCACCGUCGCCGUCCGGCAGCCGCCGCCACCGCCGCCUGUCGGAGGUCCUGGCUGAGCAGCAGGAGCCAUUCUCGCUCGAUCUCUAUCUCCUCGAGAAAAGCUGCUCCCCGGCCUUCAUCGACGACGCCGGGUGUGGUGAUGGCGCCUGCUCGACGUGCUGGCCCACUACCAAGAGCACGGGAAGGCAGGCAGUGAGAAACAGGAAGGGAUCCCGUCGGAGCGGCGUGCUAAGGAUGCUGCUCUCCAAGAUUCUCAGCAGCACGACGGCGCCUGCUGUGACGAAGACCCGGCAGCGGCGGACCGCCACCGAGUGGCGCCGCGUCGCAGAAAAGCGGAGGACGCCGGACAGGUUCGAGCUCACUCUUCGUUCCGCCUCUCCCCGAGCCAUCGAAGAACACAUGGAGGAAGACGAGAAACAAGAAGAAGACGACGGGGACGACGAGUCCUCGAAGAAGCAGCUGAGCCCUGUGUCCGUGCUGGAGCAGCCCCUGUUCGAGCACUCCUCGCCACCGCCGCACGAGCCGAAAGCCCUGGCCAUCUUCGGUGAGCUCCUUGAGUCCGCCUACACACCCAACACACUGCUGGACGACGUCCUUGUCAUCGCCAAGGAUCAGAGCAGCGACAGCUCAACGUCGCCGAGACCGCGGGUGAGGCGGAAGAAAAAGAAGCACGCACAUCGGAAGGAGGACGUGACGUUUGAGAAAGACUUUGCCAGGUUGACGACCAGCCUCGUAGCCUCCAAGAUGGCCGGGGAAACAGUUUGUAUAGAGGACCUGCGGCCAACGCUGGAGGACGUGGGCGCCGCCAUCGCGGCCGCCGUGCUGGAGGCACUGACGGAGGAGACCGCGGCGGAGCUGAUAUGAUGGGGAUGGACCGCGGCUAUGCGGUUGGCAUGGCACGAUGGUGGACGAUGCGGACCUCCGUUGUUGGGUUUUCUGGUGGUUGAUGUGCGAAUCUGAUCGACAUGUUCGUGCGUAUACAUUUGGUUUCUUCGUACUUCGGUGUGUGUAGGUUGUGUUGAUAGCGUGACAGUGCCUGACUAGCUACUGACUACUAGUACCUUUGUUUGUUGGUUUGACACGGGAGCAUGCUGAAACGGAGCUUGUACAGGUUCAAUAACAUAACAUGGUGUCGUUUAAAAAUAAGAGCGGUUUAUUAAUAUAUAAACCAUGCAUAUAACACA